UUCACCGUGUUGACUCGCUAGUGGCUCGGGGAAGGGGCUGCAGAGAACGAUCGCGACCGCUGCGUAUUUACCCAGGUCGGUGUAGAUGUUUCCUGUGUUUACAGUAGGGACUAACUGACGUGGCGGAUUGAUCGCGACGGCGCUGUGCGUGGUUUCCUUUUAGAGAGAGCAGCACGGGGUUUGGGAAAACGGGGAGGUGAUGUGAGCUUGAAGCCGGUGUGAAGGAUCUCGGGGGCAGCAGCAGCGGUAAACCUUAAGGGGGAAGAAAAAAAAAAAAAAAACAGAGGGGAGAAGUUUGCCGUGCAGGUCCAUGCGUUUGUUUUACUUUCAUUUCGGUUUGUUUAAUGUGCCUGUUAUAAUAUUUACUGCGCACACGAACACGGACGGCUGCUCGGCGUUUAGGCGUUCCGCGUUUUCUCAUGAAUAGGAUGUUAUCCAGCCCGGCUGGGUCGGCACUGAGCGGAAACGGAUCAGCGGGCGCGGGUGGUGCGGCUCACGGCUCUGUGGUGCUCGGCGGCGGGCUGCGCGCGGGACUCGCUCGGGCCGGACAGGCAGUGAAUACCGGAGCUCCUUUCCCUGGUGCUGCAGGACGCCUGGGGGAGAGCGCGGGGAUGCUGGGAGGCAGCGGGCCUGGGAUCUCCUCCAGAGCGGGUGUCAGACCCGGGAACGGCAGCGGGCUGAGCGCACUUCAGGCCGCCACUCAGCCUGGCAUGGUGGGAGGACUCGGUGUGAUACCCGCCAGAUUUGACCGGGACAAAGAAGUCGGCGUGCCGCAGGUAUGCAGCGCCUCGGACGCGGAUUCCGAAUCCGGAGACGAUGACGAACCGACCGGGUCUUCGGGAAGCAGCAGGCGGGGGGUGAAGCGGGAGAGAGCCGAGAUGGAAGGCGCUGGAAUCGGCCAGGAGGCCGGAGCUCCACCCGGGGGAUACGGGGUGCUGAGCGGCGGAGUCGCCGGGGCAAAGCCGGGCAAGAAAACACGCGGGAGAGUCAAGAUUAAGAUGGAGUUCAUAGACAACAAGUUGCGGCGGUAUACGACUUUCAGCAAGAGGAAGACUGGCAUCAUGAAGAAGGCAUAUGAGCUCUCCACGCUAACGGGCACUCAGGUGCUGCUCCUGGUGGCGAGCGAAACGGGCCACGUGUACACGUUCGCCACGCGCAAGCUUCAGCCCAUGAUUACCAGCGACACGGGCAAGGCACUGAUCCAAACGUGCCUGAACUCUCCAGACUCGCCUCCCCGCUCAGACCCGUCCACGGACCAGCGCAUGAGUGCCACAGGCUUCGAGGAGACUGACCUCACCUAUCAGGUUUCUGAAUCUGAGAGCCUCGGAGAAACCAAGGACACCCUGAAGCCCGCCUUCACCGUGGCCAGCUUGCCAGGUAGCACCAGCGCCCAGGCCACGGUGCCCACCACCUCCACUACCAUGCAGGUGAGCAGCGGCCCCUCCUUCCCCAUCACCAACUACCUGGCUCCCGUGUCCGGCAGCAACAGCAGUGCGAGCGGGAGCACUAUUGCCAACACUAACGGGACUGUUCUGAAGAGCGCGGCUGCCAGCGGAGGGGUCAUGCAGCUCCCCGGGGGAUUCACUUUCAUGUCAGGCACUCCUUUUCCAGCUGGGACUCCGACCAUACCGUUGGGACAGCUGCAGCAGCACUCUCUGGCUCUACAGGCACAACCGGGUCAGACUCUUACUACUGCCACUGUUACAGCUACACAAACACCACAGGGCCAGCAAGCUGUGUUUCGCCUCCCUACCGCAGUCUCUUUCACGGGAGGAACAAUGCCCCAGCAGCUGCAGGCCAUCCAGGUGCAGCCCAGCACUCAACCCAGCUCCAUCAACACUGACAGCAGCAGCCCUGAGAUCUCCCAAACCAGCACUGCCUCCACAGCCACAGUCAGUCUCCCUGCUACGAUCGUCACGUCGUCAGUGCCCACUUCUGUAGCAGGCCACAUGUUGUACCCAAGUCCUCAUGCAGUGAUGUAUGCCUCGGCCCCCACACUGACCGACGGUGGCCUUGCUGUGCUCAACGCCUUCUCCCAGAGCACCUCCGCUAUGCAGGUGUCCCACGCACAGGCCCAGGAUACAGGUGCUGUUCCUCAGGUGUUCCUCACCGGCCCCCCUGGCACGGUUCAGAUCCCUGUUUCAGCGGUGCAGCUACAUCCAGUACGGCAAGAUCUCCACUUUACAAAUGGUGAUUGGCCAGCAGUCCAGCGGCAGUAACAGCAAUCUGACGGAGCUUCAGGUGGUCAAUCUGGACGCCACGCAGAGCACCAAGAGCGACUGACUGGUGCCGGGCACUGAAGGCUCACCAGAGACUUACAUCACUAUUUAUUGAUGCCUUGUUCCAUUUUGAACCAUUUCAUCCAUCCAUGCCAUCGGAGUGUGUGCGAUUUGUACAGUUUGUACUGUAAAUGCGUGUCGUGACCUCACGAGGACACCGAUGAAUUGAGAGAAAGUAAGUCUUCUCCGUUCUGACGUGCGAGUUGAAACCUAUAGGACUCUAAUUCUAACAUGCGUUUUUUGCAUGUUAUUUGUACGUGCGUGAAUGUACGAGUGUUCGAUUCGUCAAAGGGAAACGGAAAAACAGUGUUACCCAACUGUUGCACACACUGAAAUCUCUCACUUUGGCCAAAGAUGAAUUAUUUUGUCAGUAUUUCUGUACGGAUAUAUGUAUGUGUGUGUUCUGUAAUAGGACAAAGUUGCAGAGGCGUAAGCUAUAUCGAGGAAGAGUGAUCUCAAGUAGGAAUGAUAUUAAUAGGUGGUGGCUUUGAAGAAAAUCAAACCGAAGCUGUACAUAUUUUUUUAUUUGAUUAUUUUAGCGAUAGUGCAAUGGCAUGUGCUGUAGUUGUGUUUCUUUUUUUUCCCCCCCGUUUUUUUUUUUAAAUGUUAUGUUUUGUAUUUUACUUAUACCAUUUGUAAAUUUAUGUAAUAUACAUAUAUAUUUUAUUGAUUAUAUGAUAAUGGAGAAAACGAGUGAAUUUUUGGUCAAGGUUGUUUAUACAACAGGAUUUAAAACAAAAAAAAAUCCCUUAUGAUUACACUAUUUACUGUAUUCUGUAUGUAUAAUCUGUUAUGCAUUGGCCAGCUGUCUCCGUGCUGUAGUACUGUUACCAGCUGAAAACACUGCACUCAGUUAGUAUUCAGUGCCUUGCAUAAGUAUUCACACCCCCUUCACUUUUCUUCACUUUGUAGUGUUGUAGCUUGGAACCAAAACACACCAAAUUGGGUGUUAAUGUCAUGAAUCUACACAAACUAAUCAGUAACCGAUGCUCCCUUUACCUGGGUGAUGGCUUUAUGUACCAUAUAUGCCUUUAGAAUUAAUUAAUUCCCAAUUUUUCCAGCUAGCUGUUAUCAAUCACAAGGUAAGCUAAGAUAAAGCACAAGCUUUUUUUUUUUUUUUUUUUUUUUUUUUGGAUAUUUGAAGUCAGCCACUUUAACUUUCCCUUUCCGGCCCCUGACUAGUUAGUGUUAAUUAGAUUGAUCGAUGAGGGAAUAAACAGGUUCUGGAGGAGGGGGUAAAAAACCUUAACAGAAUCUAUAUCAGUUCCAAGGUUAAUUAAGAUUCAAUUAUUUGUCACAUGUGCUCUUAACAGGGUCAGCGCUCCUGAAGGAUUACGGAGUGGCAAUUUGGCAGUGCCAGGGCUCGAA